CGCGAAGUAUCGAUUUAAAUUCUUCAACGGAUAGCGUGGCUUCUGUCGUGCGACGUUUACAAAUAGAUGAAUGCGAAAUAAAACGUGCUGUCGUUGAAUGUGAAAUUGUGCCACUAGCCGUGUUUUAUCAUAGUGAAAUAUAAUUACGCAAGAAAUUAUCCAAGAUGAGUGAUACACGUAACGCGAAGAAGGAUAAGAAUCAGCAUAUACAGGUUUUCGUGCGUGUCAGGCCGAUAAAUAAUAGUGAGAAAAUUGGUAAGUCUUAUUCGGUGUUAGAUUUGCCAUCUAACAAAGAAGUGAUUGCUCAUGAAAAACAACAAAGCAAUCAUUCAAAGAAGUUCACUUUUGACAAAGUAUUUGGACCUUCUUCGAAACAGAUAGAUGUGUAUAAUGCAGUUGUUAGCCCACUUCUUGAAGAAGUGUUGGCUGGAUAUAAUUGUACAGUUUUUGCUUAUGGCCAAACUGGAACUGGAAAAACAUUUACUAUGGAAGGUGUUAGUAAUGAUCCAACAUUGCAUUGGCAAAGUGAUACUACAGCUGGAAUUAUACCACGUGCAUUGAGUCAUUUGUUCGAUGAAUUACGUUUGUUAGAAGCACAAGAAUAUACAAUACGAGUUAGUUUUCUUGAGUUAUAUAAUGAAGAAUUAUUUGACUUGUUAUCACCUAGUGAUGAUGCAUCUAAAAUAAGGCUGUAUGAAGAUGCUUCAAGAAAAGGUUCAGUGAUCAUUCAUGGAUUGGAAGAAGUAACUGUGCACAAUAAAAAUGAAGUUUAUAAGAUUUUGGAAAAGGGAUCAGAAAAAAGACAAACGGCCGCAACUUUAAUGAAUGCUCAUUCGAGCCGUUCCCACACAGUAUUUUCCAUUACUAUUCAUAUAAAAGAGAAUACUAUAGAUGGAGAAGAGCUCCUAAAAACUGGAAAAUUGAACUUGGUGGAUUUAGCUGGUAGUGAAAAUGUUGGAAGAUCUGGUGCAGUUGAUAAAAGAGCAAGAGAAGCAGGAAAUAUCAACCAGUCAUUAUUAACUCUUGGUCGAGUUAUAACAGCACUCGUUGAAAGAGCACCUCACAUACCAUAUCGGGAAUCAAAAUUAACAAGACUUUUGCAAGAAUCAUUAGGUGGACGUACGAAAACGUCCAUCAUUGCUACUGUGUCUCCAGCAAGCAUAAAUCUUGAGGAAACCUUAUCAACACUAGAUUAUGCUCACCGUGCAAAGAAUAUCACAAAUCGUCCUGAGAUCAAUCAGAAACUAUCUAAAAAGGCAUUACUUAAAGAAUAUACAGAAGAAAUUGAGAGACUUAAGAAGGAUCUGUCAGCGGCGCGUGAACGAAAUGGUGUAUACUUGGCAUAUGAAAAUUAUAAUGAGAUGCAAGCAUUAAUUGAAAAUCAAACUAAGGAAAUUGAAGAAAAAAUAGCUCACAUUCAUGUUCUUCGAGAUGCUAUGGAGGCUAAGGAGCUUAUAUUUAAUGAAUUACAAGCAAAACACAAUGAACAAAGUAAUUAUCUACAUGAAACCAAGGAGCAAUUGGAAACUACUUCACAUAUAUUGAAGUCAACUGAAGCUCGUUUACAAAUAACAGAACAUGAAAAAGAGGAACAAUAUCAUUUAGUGGAAAAGCACGAGUUGACAGAGAAACAACUUUUGUCGCAAGCACAAACGCUCUUACAAGUAGCUGAUAGUGCAACAUUUGAUGUAAAUAAGCUUCAUGAUAAAAUUUCUCAUAAGAGACGAUUAGAGCAAGAAAAUGAACAUAUCAGUCAUCAGUUUCGAAGUAACAUUACAAAACAAUUUCAAGAUGUGGAAAAUAAUGUUGCAGCUUAUACACAAAAAUUUAUAGGAUUCUGUACUUCUAUGAAAAAUGACAUUGAUUUGCAAAUGGAACUGCUUAAAAAGGAUAUUGGUUCUAUAAUCUGCCAUAUGUCAAAUGAUAUUGUUAAUAAAGAAAAAUUAGCAAUAGAUGAAUUUACAGAGAACAUAAAUAAUUCGUACAAAUACUAUCAUCAGUGGUUAAAUACAGAAAUGGCACAUUCAUCUGACAUGACUCAAUGUGAACAAAAAUUUUUGAAUGACAUAUCCUCGAAACUAACAUCGAAAAUGACAGAUUUAAUAGAAAUUAAUAAUAUGGAAAUUGUAAAGAACUUGCACCAUUUAAAUGAUAACGUAUCUCAAAGAUUUAAUAAGUUAUUAGAGUAUAACAAUGAAUCGAUAAGACAACUUUGUAACUAUAGGUUACAAGAACGUGACAAUUUGUAUAAAAAUAUAGAGGAGAUAAAACAAAAUAUACAAUCUAUUCGUGAGGGCGAUGGUAAAAUUAUGGAAGAACAAGAAAGAUUUAAAAAGUUAUUUGAAAAUCUAUGGCUACAAUUUAACAAAUUAAACGAAAACGUGACAGAGAACUAUUCCACCACAUGUACCACUCUAAAUCAUGUUGAUGAGAUUUGCGAUAGUACAAUUAAUGAUAUUCGUAAUAACUAUCACAAAGCUGUUGAGAGAAAUGAGACUCUUCAGCAAAAAAUUCAGGAUGAUAUAGAUAUUCUCAAAAGUGAUGUUGAAUCUAACAUGGAAAAGAAUUCGGCAUUAGCAAAACAAGUUGCAGAACAAAGCCGUAAUUUGACUGACGAACUUCGAACUGACUUCAAUAAUCACUGCGAUGUAUUACAACAGGAUAAACUACAUGUCGAAGAUAACGCGAAACAAAUGGAACAGAAAUUCAAGGAAGAUAAUUCUUCUUUUGUUGGAUCUGUCAAAAAUAUAUAUAAUGUAUUACUACAAGAAAGUCUUGAUCAUACAAACCUUACGGAAGAAUUAAAAAGGAAAAAUCUACAAGCAUCUAUAAAACUGAAUGAUAAGCUUGUGAAUGAAAGUAACAAUUCAUCUGUCUGGAAUGAGCAAACAAUUACAGAACUACAUUUAAUACAGGAAAGAGUUGGGAAAUUCCUUGAAGAUUUACGACAUGACACACCAACAGGUUCAACGCCAGCAAGAAAAGAAUAUCAAUAUCCAAAACACCUUGUUGCAACUUCGCCACAUGAACGAAUCCUUCAGAGAUUCAGAGAAACGAGAAAUUACCUCGAAAAUUCUGACAAUGAAAACACGGUAUUGGUCAAUAACAAUUCGCCGAAGAAGAAAUGUCCAAAUGCAAAUUAACUUGACUGGUAAUCAGUUGCAUUUUAUACUUACACAUUAAAAAUUAGUUAAUUAUAUUAGAUUAAAUAGGUUUAUAGUAUGAAUUAAGGAUAUUUUGAUACAAUGUAAUUAACAGAAUUAAUUUUAAAUAAAUUUAUAAAUAAAAUUAUUGACAGAGAAAAUAA